AUGGCGAAGAAGGACGAGAAGAUGCGAGCGCCCAGUACGGGGGCUGCGAAACAAGAGGGUGUGGCGCACGUCCAGCUGGUCGCUAACACAGGACGUCGCUCCACCUUGCGCCCGCGUGACUACGUUGGUCUGACACGCGGCUACACGAAGAAUGUCCCCGCCACGCAGGACGCCCCGAAGAACGCCACGCAGGAAGAGGAUGUCCCCGCCACGCAGGGCGCCACGAAAACCGCCACGCAGGAAGAGGAUGUCUUCGCCCCGAAAAACGCCACGAAGAACGCCACGCAGGACGCCACGCAGGAAGAGGAUAUCCCCGCCACGCAGGACGCCACGAAAACCGCCACGCAGGAAGAGGAUGUCUCCGCCCCGAAGAACGCCACGAAGAACGCCACGCAGGACGCCACGCAGGACGCCACGCAGGACGAGGAUGUUCCCGCUUUGAAGAACGCCACGAGGAGCGCCACGCAGGACGAGGAUGUCCCCGCCACACAGGAUACCACGGCUGAGGCUAACACUCAUGAAAAAGAGGUAAAACACUCCCAGAACGCUACUGCUAAGGUGGCAGCUGACUCGCCGGCCGCUAUCGCUGAGAGCAACAUGGAGGGCAACAUGGAUGGCAACACUGAGGGCGACAUGGAGAGCAACAUUGAGGGCAGCACUAAGGGCAACAUGGAGAGCAACGUUGAGGGCAACAUUAAGGAUAACGCCGCCGCAGCUACCCUAGCGGACUCCAACGAUACGGAAAACAAAGUAUCAGAUUCAGAUGACCCAGAUCCUGAGCCUCCACCAAAGCGGGUACGAGUAUCCACUGAAGGGUCGGCCUGUCGACCACAUCAUCUCUCGCGUCGCCAAACCAAACACGCGGAUAACCGCAAGAAGAUUGUGAAAACGCUAAACCCAGUCAUCAACGACAAGCCAGGGCUACCGCAAAAGGCCUUCAGCACGUGGGAGGAGUAUCAGAAAGUGCUCAAAGAUUACGAAGUCGAGCACUUCCUUUGCUAUCAAACUCGGAGCUCUGAGACAAGAGAGAAGCACAACAGGUGA